UGUCCUCCUCCGGGACCGACCGCGGGGAGGAGCCGGCGCCCGCACCCGGGGCCUUCGGGUUGUUUGUCUUGUGAGCGGCUGGUCCCCAGAGCCCGGAGCCUCCGGGAGUGAUUUACAGGACUCAGAGCCCUGGAAAGUCACCCGGCCUCGGGGCACCCACCGUCUGGCUUAUAUUUCCUCCUGCCGUCCCAGCCUCCGCAGCCGCCCUGCUGAUCCCGGUGACCUGGCAACCCGGGACUGCGACCCCAGUGCUGGAGGCCCCUCGCCCCACCGUCAGACAGCCGAGCCUCUGCUGGAGGGAAGAGAGGAGGCGAGUCCCCACGAGCAUCCUUACUCACUUCCUGGGAUUAAGAACCUAUUUAUGAAGCAUCUUAUUUUAUGACUGAAGCUCCACAUCCAGGGAGACAUCAAUGGCCCAGCUUCCCCCUGGCAUUCGCUUCAUCGUCUCAUUCUCCAGGGAUCAGUGGUACAGAGCCUUCAUUUUUAUUUUGACAUUUUUGCUGUAUGCAAGUUUUCACUUAUCUCGAAAGCCUAUCAGCAUAGUUAAGGGUGAAUUGCACAGCUACUGCACGGCUUCAAAUGAUGGGAAAGUCAGAUUCAGCAGCCAGAGCCAAAAAGCCAGAGAUGCCCCUGCUUACCAGCUCCCAGACAAUGGGACUGACUGUGGCUGGGCCCCAUUUGAUCAGGAAAACUAUCAACAGCUGCUCGGAGCCCUGGACUACUCCUUCCUGUGCGCGUACGCCGUCGGCAUGUACCUGAGAGGUGAGGCGAGGUGGGAGCCAACGCACGCCCCAGGCGUCCUGCUGACCAGGCAGACUGUCCUCAGAUGGCUUCUCCUGGCCCGGGGUUCGAUGCACGGUGGCAUAAUAGGGGAACGCCUCCCCAUCCGGUAUUACCUAACCUUUGGGAUGCUGGCCAGCGGUGCCUUUACUGCCCUGUUUGGGGUAGGGUACUUCUACAACAUCCACAGUUUCGGGUUCUACGUGAUAACUCAGAUCAUCAAUGGACUUGUGCAGACCACAGGCUGGCCCAGCGUUGUCACCUGCCUCGGGAACUGGUUUGGAAAAGGCAGGCGAGGUUUGAUUAUGGGAGUCUGGAACUCUCACACAUCCGUGGGCAACAUCCUGGGCUCCUUGAUUGCUGGCUACUGGGUGUCCACAUGCUGGGGUCUGUCCUUCAUCGUGCCCGGGGCCAUCGUGGCUGCCAUGGGGAUCCUGUGCUUUCUGUUUCUCAUCGAACAUCCGAAGGACAUUGCCUGCUCUUCCUCCCCGGCCAUGCAUCCAAGAGGCUGCGAGAAUGGGGCGCACAGGUUCCGGCCGCAGAAGCCAGUCCCAGCCGAGAAGUCUCUGGACCCAGAGAUGCAGCGUCUACUACUGUCGGAUGGGAAACACUCUGGCCACCAGAACCACGUGGUCAUCCUCCCGGCAGAUGGUGGGGGCGGCAUGGCAGCCAUCAGCUUCACAGGGGCCCUGAAGAUUCCCGGCGUGAUAGAGUUCUCUCUGUGUCUGCUGUUUGCGAAACUGGUCAGCUACACGUUCCUUUUCUGGCUUCCACUCUACAUCACAAAUGUAGAUCACCUUGAUGUCAAGAAGGCCGGGGAGCUCUCCACCUUGUUCGACGUGGGUGGGAUCUUCGGUGGGAUCCUGGCAGGUGUGAUCUCCGAUCGCCUGGAGAAAAGGGCCUCCACCUGCGGCCUGAUGCUGCUGCUCGCGGCCCCGACGCUCUACACGUUCUCCUCCAUCAGCAAAAUGGGGCUGGAAGCCACCAUAGCCAUGCUGCUCCUCAGCGGGGCCCUGGUCAGCGGGCCGUACGCGCUCAUCACGACUGCCGUGUCUGCCGACCUGGGGACGCACAAAAGCCUGAAGGGAAACUCCCAUGCCCUGGCCACCGUGACCGCCAUCAUCGAUGGAACCGGGUCUGUAGGAGCAGCGCUGGGCCCGCUGCUGGCAGGGCUCAUCUCCCCAUCAGGAUGGAACAACGUGUUCUACAUGCUCAUGUUCGCAGACGCCUGUGCCUUACUGUUUCUGAUUCGCCUCAUACACAAGGAGCUGAGCUGCCCAGGGUCGGCGACAGGAGACCAGGUUCCGUUUAAGGAGCACUGAGCCCUCGAGUCCCAUGAAGGAAGGCUGGGCCCAUCCUUCACAAACUGUUUUUCAAGAAAAAGUUCAAAUAAAGGAUCCUGUGUUGAAAAGAA